AUGAAACGCAAAAUAUUUUCGGCGGGAUUAUUCAAUCUGUGCGACUUUAUAAAGGGCCGUAUGAUGUUGAGGAAUUGCAUGGCUAAAUCUUAUAAAGCCCUGGAGGCUCAAGCCUUGCAGAAUUUAGGAGAGUCAGAGGAUGAAGACGAAGAUUCCGAUGGUAGUCGCACCGGUUCCGAUGGUGAUAGCUCCAGUUCUGAUGAUGAAUCGACUGAAAGUCCUGAACAGCCUGACACAGGAGCUCCAAACAAUACAGUAGAGUCUAAGGAGAAUAAUGUUCGAGGUUUAACAAGAUUGAAGAAGCUAAAGAAAAAUUUUGACGGCGAGAAGCAUUCUGGAAAAUACAAACAAAAGUCUCCUGCAUCUGAGCAUCUACCCCUUAGUUCACCAGACAAUUCUCAAUCGAAAGACAAAACUGAACUUUCAACGAUUGGUAAAUGCAAACUGGCUCAUGCUUCACUGAGAAAUAUCAUUGCAUGGGGUUCGGUUCUUCCAUCAGUGCCAGGUCAGAAGGUUCAUGGAGAUCCACUCCGGGAUGAUUGUGUCAGAGUGACGGUUGAAAAGUCGAUAUUAAAGAAUCAUUGUUUGCCAGUCCCAUCUACUCAUCUCAAAACAGUAGAGGAUGCUGAAAAAUCUAUAGUAGCUUGGCCUAAAGAGUUUGUGAUCUCUUGCUCUAGUGGCCAUCCACUUUCAGACCCCGGUGAACAUGAUUCUGACCCAAACGAUGAAUAUGAUUCUGACCCAAACACUAAGAAGACAAAGAAGAAGAAACCUUCAUAUAUGAAGAGCGGGGAACUAAAGUCUCGGAGAUCCAGCAAGAGACUCAAGACUGCAGCCUAAUUAUUAAUAGAAAUAGUCGUGGACUAUAGGAUUUGGAUGUUUAAACUUUUAAGUCUCUCUUUGAAAGUUUGUUUUCUCAAGGUUACUGCACAAUUAUCAGAUUGAGAUGUUUAUUAUAUUGUGAAAUGAAAUUAUUUUGGU